GGCUGCGUUGUACUCGUAUUCCAAUGCCACUUCUUCCCCGCAUCUUCCAUCUCACCCAAGCAUGGAUGCCACGACAAUCAUCCUCCUUCAAUCCAUGACUAGCCAGAAAGCCACCGACACUAGAUAAUUGUCUCGUCCAAUCCUCGGGCCUUCAAAAACCGCUCGAGAUCAUCAUGCCCAAUGGUCAUCUUCUGCUAUAAACAAGGACCAGUCCGUCCAAGGCAAAAGCCGCGGUCACACUCGCACAUACAUCACAUCACGCAUACGCACCUGCUCUCACACUGACAACUCCUCCUCAUUCCUCCUUCUCUCCUCCUUCUCCUCUCCAUUGCGGAGUAGCCUUCUUGUGCGGACAACCCUCUUUCGACCGAGCUCUAUCGAUCGUUUGUAUUGUCUGAUUGCUGUCGUUGUAUCCUUCCGCCCAUAUAUUUGUAUCUUUAUACCUUCGGCGACCGACCAUCCCCGCCUCUCGUGUUGCUUCACAAAAGUCGCCGAAAAAAGCUUCACCACCGACCUCGAAGCCGAAUAGCAGUAGACGAAACUGCUUCCCUCGGUCACCGCUCCUCACGCAGGCCUCCAAGUCUCACCCCGGAACAUCCUCGAGGGCAAACGGUCUAGUACCUGAGACUACCUUGUAGCGUGACAACUCACGCUCUUCAGGUGAGCUGGAAGCCAUACAAGCAUUUUUGUCUUUGGAAAGCCCAACAGCCCAGCGUCAUGUAUUCCAUCACUAACUCGCACACGCGCAGUUUCGAUCCCACCAACCGUCCCCAUCCCGACCUCACCAUGUCCAGCACCGCCAACCGCGUCAAGGAUGGCGCUCGAUCUGCGGCCUCCAAGGUCGAAGAAGCAGCCUCAGAAGCCGUCCACAACCCAGUCCAAGCUAAGAAUGACUUCCUCCACACCCCCGUAAUGCGCGCGGCCCUACCUUUCAUCAACGGCGGCCUUUCAGGCAUGUUCGCAACGGGCUGCAUUCAGCCCAUAGACAUGGUCAAGGUGCGACUGCAACUGGCAGGAGAAGGUAUCAGAACCGGACCAAAGCCGACGGCCUUUGGCAUAGCGAAAGACAUCAUUGCACAGGGAAAAGUGCUGGACCUGUACACGGGUCUCUCAGCCGGUCUCCUAAGGCAAGCGGUGUAUACCACGGCCAGACUAGGCUUCUUUGAUACCUUUCAGACCACGAUGCAAGCAAGAGCAGAGAAGAAUGGUACAAAGAUUGGUUUCCUCGAACGAGGUGCGGCAGGUUUGACGGCCGGUGGUCUGGCGGCCAUGGUCGGCAAUCCGGCUGAUCUGGCACUCAUUCGCAUGCAAUCCGAUGGCUUGAAGCCCAAGGAACAGCGAGCCAACUACCGUUCCGUCUUUGAUGCGCUGAUGCGCAUUGCCAAAACUGAGGGAAUUGGUGCCUGGUGGGCGGGAGCUUAUCCCACCGUGAUCCGUGCCAUGGCUCUCAACUUUGGUCAACUCACCUUCUUUGCCGAGUCUAAAGCUCAGCUGAAACAGCAUGCGCCAACGUGGUCCGAAGGCACCAGAACCUUGAGUGCAUCCGCUAUUGCUGGAUUCUUUGCCUCGUUCUUCAGUCUCCCGUUCGACUUCAUCAAGACCCGGCUGCAGAAACAGCAGAAAGGUCCUGAUGGUAAGUUGCCAUACAAUGGACUGUUUGACUGCGCAAAGAAGGUUGUCCGUGAUGAGGGUUGGUUGAGAUUCUAUCGUGGAUUUCCAACCUAUUAUGUCAGAAUCGCACCACAUGCGAUGAUAACGCUGAUCGUGGCCGAUUAUCUGAAGCUGAUUACUUCCUGAGUGAGCGAUCGAAGACCUCCUAACAUGAGAAUAUACUCGUCAUCUUGAAGGAUUUUUGAGAAUAGAUGCACAUAGAGCGGCAGAAAAGAGCUGGACAGUGUCAUUCCCAUCGCUUCGCUUCGCAUAGCACAACGGCAAAAGGUUCACAGGUUAGAUCGGCCUUCCAGGAUUUGCGGUUACGUCCGAGGACCAUACCAAGCUGCACAGUACGCUGAGGAUUCAUAUGCAGGCGUUAGUGGCCAUCCUCUAUGGAGUUCCAUGACGGUAGCAGACAUUUCUGCCUUUGCUUUCGAAGCAUGAUGUCUUGCAAAAACAGCGUCGAGGAGCAAUGAGGUAGCCAUCUUUUGAUAGGUAGAUAGUAUUCGUAAUAACCAGUUGGACUACGAGUACA